CCUUCCUCUGCACCACUUAUUCUCUCUCUCUUUCUCCCAUGUUGGCAUAGCCGCUCUCGCCCUCACCUCCUCCCCUCUCCUCCAUUAGAAGAAAGAGCAGAGCAGAAGAGGACGGGACAGUUGAGGCAGCGCAAGAAAAAGAAGCAGCAUCAUGGACGUUUUCAAGAAAGGUUUCUCCAUCGCCAAGGACGGUGUGGUGGCUGCUGCUGAGAAAACCAAAGCUGGCGUGGAGGAGGCCGCCGCCAAGACCAAGGAGGGGGUCAUGUAUGUUGGAAACAAGACGAUGGAGGGCGUGGUGACCGGCGUCAACACAGUGUCCCAAAAGACAAAUGAGCAAGCCAACAUUGUGGCCGAUGCUGCCGUAACUGGGGCCAACGAGGUAGCUCAAGCUACGGUAGACAGCGUGGAGAACGCCGCCUUAUCCACCGGAUUCGUCACUGUGGAGGAAGGGGUACCAGCGACCGAGGAGGAUGACGGUCCAAAGACAAAUGAAGAACAGACCGAACAAGCUGCUCAGUAGUGACAUCCUGUUGCUGCCUGUCCGAUGAGGAGAAAGACCAAUCCCCGCCUUUCCCUCGUGUUGUCAUGGCUACACUUCCUCAGCAUUACGCCCUUGCCCCACACAGCUCUCGGCUGAUUGGUCAGUGUGUAGAGUGACAUCACUCAGGCUCAACUUUGCUGCCUCAAGCAUCCAAUCAUAAGGAUGGAAGUCAAAGUCGAAGCCAAUGCCUUUAGCCAUGCAUGUCGCUUUGCCAUGAAACAGAAACACACACAUCAUGAUUUAAUCACCACGUACACUUAACAAACUUAUAUGCAGUCAAUGUCGCUGAUAUUAACUGAGCUUCAGUGCUACUUUCUUUUAUAAAAUUGUUGAAAUGAAAUAAAGAUACCUUUAACGUCUGAA